AUGGCCAUUAACACGGCCGGCGAGGCAGUCGCCCGCAUCGCCUACCUCUCCUCCGACUCGGUCAUCUCCGUCCAACCCUCCCUCGCCACCGAAUCGCCAUUCUCCUCCUUCCUCAAGCAGUACGCCACCAACAAGGCCUCUUCAGUCGUCUGCUCCUCCACUCCCGAAGUCCUCUCCGUCCGAACGAACAACGACCCUCUCCUCGACGUCUACCACCGCGUCCGCAAUGGCAAAGUCACUUCCGUCACGACAUCCUCCGAUGUCCUCGUCAAGAGUAUUCCACAUUUAUACCGCCUCGCACAGCACCCCGUGGUUCUUCACGUGGCAUUGAGCCCGGCAGGAUACCCAGACUAUGGCCACAUCACUAGCAUCCGCAAUACCGGCUUUGCUUUCUUGCAGUCCACCACAUUGCAGGAGGCGCAGGAUUUGGCUUUGACGGCACAUGCUUUGGCUAUUCGCAGCGGACGAGGUGUCGUCCACUUCUUUGACCCUGCGAACAGCAAGCAGGAUCAGCCGAUUGAGCAGGAGAAGAGGGAAUAUGUGGCAGAGUUGUUGAAUGUGGACUUGACAAGACAGUUGCAGUCAAGCAAGAGCGAGGAGCAGGGUAUUUAUGUUGCAGAGGGCCUCGCACGUACACAGGGCAGUCUCGCUCCCAGCAGCAAUGCUGAGAAGGGUGAGCUUUCCGCUGCAGAUGCCAGCGGCGCACCGACUCGCGACCCUUCCACAGCAUCAGACUCAUCCUCCGACCGCAAGAACAGCAGCUCUGGCGCGUCCGAGGCCGAGUCCGCCACUACUGUCGACUCUCAGCGCAAGACUGUCUCUUCCGAAGAUAUCGACAACCUCUGCACUGCCAUUUGGGCGCAGGUCAAGAACCACACCGGGAGACAAUACACCGCGUUCAACUACACCGGCCCGAAGAAUGCUGAGAAUGCAUUGUUCCUCUUCGGCAGCGACCCAGGUCUCUUCAGCACUGAAUUUGAUGCCGCCACUCCCGCAGACUUCUUCGCCAAGGUCGGUCUGAUCACACCCAUCCUCUACCGACCAUGGUUGGGCGACCGUCUCACCGAGAGCAUCCCCAAGUCCAUCAAGAGGAUCGCAGUCCUCGAGCAGAUCAAGCGCAAGACGACCAAGUGGGGUCCUAUCCUGCUUGAUCUCCUCAUGUCGGUCAAGGCCAGCGGCGCCAACACUCCUCUGAUUGUCGGCUACCAACUCGGCUACAUCGAAUACACCACGAUUACACAAGCCCUCAGCGGCAUCUUCCAGAAUCUCACCUCGCAGUCACCCAUUCAGAACCUCGAAAUUGGCGCCCACGAUGGCCCCGCACAGAAAGAGACGUUGUCACAGCCUGCAUUGGAGAAUGCAUACAUGAAGAUUUUGGAUCAGUUGUUUGGGGAGAGGCUACACGUGGCGAAUGCACUGAAGCAGAGCAAUGCUGGUGUCAGUGAUAGCGUCAAGGGCACACCCGAGUACGGCUUCGGCUCUCUCAUCGCGAGAAAGGAGCACCGCAAGCGUUUCGUGCAGGAAGUGCAGGCCGCGUUGAAGACUGGUGGAUUCACAACCGACGCACCUCAGAACUACCUCUCCCAAUGGGCGCUCGUUGCUGAGGAGGCCGACAAGGCCAACAAGCUGGCUUCGGACGUGGUUUCUCGUCUGACCACCGAUGGCUCAUCCACAGCAUCGAAGCUGCUGAGCUCCAAGGGCCUCUUCUUCAAGGAGUCUCAAUGGUUAGUCGGCAGCGACGCGUGGAGCUACGAUCUCGGCAACAGCGGUGUACACCACGUCCUGGCCAGCGGCGAGAACGUCAACAUGCUCAUCAUCGAUUCCACACCAUACGGCGAGCGCGCAGCGGACGACGCAGCACGGAGGAAGAAGGACAUUGGCUUGUACGCGAUGAACUUUGGCAAUGCAUACGUCGCCAGCACCGCCGUCUACUCCAGCUACACUCAGGUUCUGCAGGCAAUGAUGGAGGCCGAGCAAUUCGACGGUCCAUCAGUCGUCCUCGCAUACCUCCCAUACAACUCCGAAAACGACAACCCGAUCCAGGUCUUGCAAGAGACGAAGAAGGCGGUUGACCUUGGAUACUGGCCUCUUUACCGAUGGGAUCCCAAGGGUGACGAGAAGAAUGAGGAGUGCUUCAAGCUUGAUUCCGAGCGCAUCAAGGAGGAGUUGAAGGAGUUUCUUCGCCGGGACAACCACCUCUCCCAGCUUAUGCGCAGACAUCCUCAAUUCCAUGCCAACCUGUCAGAGUCGUACGGCUCGGAGGUGCGCAAGGUGCAGAAGCGCAAGGCCAAGGAUGCGUACGAGGUCUUGCUUGAGGGACUGCAGGGCGCUCCUUUGACUGUUCUCUUCGCAUCAGAUGGUGGCAACGCAGAGAACUUGUCCAAGCGACUGGCCAAGCGUGGUAAAGCCCGCGGUCUCAAGACCAUUGCCAUGGCCAUGGACGACUACCCCAUUGAGGACCUUUCCACCGAGGAGAACGUCGUCUUCAUCUCCGCCACCGCUGGUCAGGGUGAGUUCCCACAAAACGGCCGCAACUUCUGGGAGGCCAUCAAGAACUCUGUCGACAUUGACCUCGCUGGUGUCAACUUCUCCGUCUUCGCUCUUGGUGACUCUCACUACUGGCCGCGCAAGGCGGACAAGCACUACUACAACAAGCCUGGUAAGGAUCUCUUCGCCCGAUUGGAGACUCUCGGAGGUAAGAUUCUCGUCGACUGCGGUCUUGGUGAUGAUCAAGAUCCGGAUGGCUACCAGACUGGUUAUGCUGAGUGGGAGCCGAAGUUGUGGGAUGUUCUCGGAGUCGGCAACAUUGAGGGUCUUCCUGAGGAGCCACCGCCAAUGACCAACGAGGACAUCAAGAUCCAGUCCAACUUCCUUCGUGGUACGAUCGUCGAGGGAUUGGAGGAUCCAUCCACUGGAGCCAUCAGCGCUGCAGACCAGCAGCUGACCAAGUUCCACGGCACAUACAUGCAGGACGACCGCGAUCUGCGUGACGAGCGCAAGGCUCAGGGUCUUGAGCCAGCAUACUCCUUCAUGAUUCGUUGCCGUCUGCCAGGUGGUGUCGCCACUCCCGAUCAAUGGGUGCAGAUGGAUGACAUCUCUGAUCAACUAGGAAACGAGACGAUGAAGCUCACUACCCGCCAGACCUUCCAAUUCCACGGAGUGGUCAAGGGCAAGCUCAAGCCAGCCAUGCAGGCCAUCAACCGCUCGAUGAUGACUUCCAUCGCGGCCUGUGGUGAUGUCAACCGCAAUGUGAUGUGCUCCUCGUUGCCUGAGCUCAGCGCCCUCCACGCGCAAGCACAGGAGGCCGCCCAGCGCAUCUCCGAUCAUCUCCUCCCCGCCGCCGCGUCCGUCGCAUACCACGAGAUUUGGCUCAAGGGAAUGGAUGGCGAGAAGGAUAUGAAGAUUGCCGGCGACGCCCAGCAACCUUUCAUCCAGGCCAUGCACCCCAAGGAUGCGGCCACUAUUGAGGAACCAAUGUACGGUCCGGUCUACCUUCCACGCAAGUUCAAGAUCACCAUCGCUGUUCCGCCUCACAAUGAUACGGAUGUCUACGCCCACGACAUUGGUCUCAUCGCCAUUCAAGACAAGGAGGGCCAACUUGCUGGCUUCAACCUGCUCGCAGGCGGUGGCAUGGGCGCGACGCACAACAACAAGAAGACCUACCCUCAACUCGGCCGCAUGUUCGGCUUCGUCUCAGUCGGUGAGGUCCACCGCGCCUGCGAACACAUCAUGACCGUUCAGCGCGACAACGGUGAUCGCAAGAACCGCAAACACGCCCGUCUGAAGUACACCAUCGACGACAUGGGUGUUGAGGCCUUCAAAGCGGAAGUCGAGUCCCGCUGGGGUCAAACCUUCGGCUCUCCUCGUCCCUUCAAGUUCCAUUCCAACAUCGACACCUUCGGCUGGAUCAAGGACGAGAGAGGUCUCAACCACUUCACCAUGUUCAUUGAGAACGGUCGCAUCGAGGACACCGCCGAGUUCCCGAUGAAGACUGGCCUCCGUGCGCUGGCGAAGCUCAACCAUGGCGAAUUCCGCUUGACGGGUAACCAACAUCUCAUCCUAUCGAACAUCCCCGAUCAAGCGAUGCCGGACGUCAAGAAGAUGAUGAAGCAGUACAAACUCGACAACACCGACUUUUCCGCUCUCCGUCUAUCAUCCUCCGCUUGCGUCGCGUUCCCCACUUGUGGUCUCGCCAUGGCGGAAUCAGAACGCUACCUCCCUGUCCUCGUCACCAAAGUCGAGGGACUCUUGGAGGAGCUCGGUAUGCGACAGGAUAGCAUCGUCAUGCGCAUGACGGGAUGUCCCAACGGAUGUGCGAGACCGUGGUUGGCGGAAGUCGCUUUCGUCGGUAAAGCCUUUGGAGCGUACAACAUGUAUCUCGGAGGUGGAUACCAUGGCGAGAGGUUGAACAAGCUGUACCGCAGCUCGAUUAUGGAGGAGGAGAUUUUGGAGAUCAUGCGCGGACUGUUGGGGCGGUACGCGAAGGAACGGUUGGAUGAUGGUGGGAGGAAAGAGGGCGAGAAGGAGAGAUUCGGAGACUGGUGUAUCCGGGCGGGUAUCAUUGUUGCUACGAAGGAAGGGAGGGAUUUCCAUGAUGAUACGGCGGAGGUGGAGGAGGAGUAGAUUCUAGAGACCUUGCAGGUUUGAUGAAAAGUACGGCUGCUGAUGAGCGAUGGCGUCGGCGCAGGAGUUGGGAAUGGGUGCGCGCCGGGCGGAAGGAAUUGUGUUGGGAUGAUUUCUGGUAGUUUUUGCGUUUUGUGAUCUUUUUGUUCAUAUAGCGGGUUGAAUUCGUUUUAUUGAAUUCGCACC